UACUGAAUAAAUUUUCUAGGAAUUUGCUGAUAUUUUUUGUGAAGCUAUACAUAGGAGUACUGGGAAGAAUGAUGAUUUCAUACUUGAGUGCCUAGGAGUGAUGGGAAAUCUGACUAUACCUGAAUUAGAUUAUGAAAUGUUGUUAUUCCAAUAUGAUUUGCUGGGAUUCAUGAAGAAAAAACUGUCGCAAGAAAAUUGUGAAGAUGAUAUGAUUUUGGAAGUAAUAAUACUAGCUGGGACAUUUGCUGCUGAAGAGGUUUGUGCUUCAACAUUACUUGAAUCAGGAAUUAUUAAACAUGUCAUAGAACAUCUAAAUGCAAAACAAGAAGAUGAUGAAAUAGUUUUGCAUAUUGUGUAUUUAUUUUACCAGCUGAUAUAUCAUCGAACAACUAGAGAUGUCAUAAUAAAAGAAACUCAAAUACCUGGGUACCUUUUAGAUUUGAUGCACGACAAAAAUACAGAAAUCAGAAAACUUUGUGAUAGGAGUUUAGAAAUUAUUUCUGAAUAUAAUGAAGAAUGGGCAAAAAAAAUUCAGGUUGAAAAAUUCCGUUGGCAUAACUGCCAGUGGCUUGAAAUGAUUGAAUCUCAGCAAAUGGAUGAUGCAGACUUUUUUGGAGAAGAUUCCUAUACUCCUAGAAUUCAAGAUUUCCUUAAUCCUUCUGAUUUACUUUAUGGAAGUGGUAAGAAGCUUUAA